AUGGCUAGCUACCCGAAUUCUACUCUGCCACGGCACGAAAGCUUGCAUCGUGAGCAUGUACCAAGAUGGGAUGAUGCAUAUCAGAAAGAUUGGCGGUAUAUGCGUCUUUGUCGACACGCACUUGGAUAUGAACAUGAAAUUGUACGAAAGCUUGAUAACACGAAUCCACCGUUUGCGAUUGAGAAGAUGUGGUUCGACACCAACUUUGACGUAUAA